UAGGGGCACUCUAAAGGAAUCUGAACGCUCUUUAGGUGCCUGGGUGCACUCGGGUGGGGAAUCUGAACGCAGCCCUUGUUGGAAAGCACCCGAGGUGUAUUUUUCUUGUCCCAUUGAGCGGAAAUUGUGGAAUGCAAUUAGCGCUGAUCAAUCGCAAGGGCUUCCGUAGAUCACUUAUAUGAGAUCUGCCAGAAUAGUGUUUAUCAUUGACUUGCAUUGAUUCCGCAUUUACAAGUUCCGCUCCACGGGAGCACAUGCGUGUAAUCUUUGUUUACAUUAAAAGGUUAUGAUCUUUUAAUUUAUCAAAAUAUAUGAUGGGCAAGUUUAAAAAAACUUUACAAAACAAACAAGUGCCUGCUGUAAAAAAUACAAAAACGUCCAUUGCGAAGAAACAAAGAAGAAAAAUAGAGGACAAGAAAGAUGACGGAAGAAAGAAAGAUGACAAGAAGUCAUUAAAUAAUACACAUAAAAAUAAUUUAAAGAAACUAAAUGCAUCUAACAAAAUAGCAAAGACUAUAUGUACAAAUAUGCAAAAUAGUAACAAGAAAAAACCACUUGGUUUUAAGAAUAAACUUGUAAAAGAUACAGAAAGAUUAAAUGUUCCAACAAAGUAUUCAAAGGAUAAUAAAAAUACAUCAGAAGCAUUUCAAAAAGUACAAAUUAAGAAAAGAAAUAGAAAACGGAAACGAAACAAGAAUCUCGAUCAAGGAAAUAAAAGUGCUAUAAUAAUCGAAGAUGCAAGAAAGAAAAACAAGAAACGAAAACAGAAUAUGAAUCUCGAUUAUAUAAAUAAAAGUGCCACAACAGUCGAUGAUGCAAAAAAGAAAAAUAAAACAUUACAAAUGCCUGCAAAAAAUCUUGAUCUUGAACAUAGAAAAGAAAAAAUUAAAAAAUUUGAAAAGGUAAAUGAAAAGAGGUUGAAACAGAUGUCAGCUAAAACAGAAGCACAGCAGAUAAAACCUGACGAAGUAUUAAAGUUAAACAAACAUAAAAUAAAUAUUAAACAUUUAGCAGAGAUGCUCGCCAAUAAAUCAAAACCAAAGCAAAAAGUUACACAGCUUUCUUUGAGAGAUAGAAUGAUGACACAGUUAAGAGCAUCUAGAUUCAGAUUUAUAAAUGAGACACUGUAUAGUAAUGCCAGUUCGCAGUCUAAGCAUUACUUUAAAGAGGAUCCUGAUUCUUUCCUGGCUUAUCACGCUGGAUAUAAACAGCAACUCGAACAAUGGGCAGUGAAUCCACUAGAUGUUAUAAUAGCGUCGAUUAAAAAACUACCAAAGGAUAAUGUGAUUGCUGAUUUUGGUUGUGGAGAGGCAAGGCUUGCUGCUUCUGUUCCUCAUAUGGUGCACUCGUUUGACUUUAUAGCUUUGAAUGACAAAGUGAAAGCUUGUGAUAUGGCUCAUACUCCAUUACUGAUGAACAGCGUCCACGUUGUCGUGUUUUGUCUCUCCCUAAUGGGAUCUAAUCUCAACGAUUAUAUUAUAGAAGCUAACAGGGUUCUUAAAAACAAUGGGAUCUUGAAAAUAGCUGAAGUUGAAAGCAGAUUUGAGGACGUAAACAAUUUUAUAAGACUGCUACGUAGUUAUGGUUUUAAAAAUACAUGGAAAGAUUUGUCUCACAACUUGUUUUAUUUUAUGGAUUUCAAGAAAGAAGAAGAUAUAAGCAUGAAAAGAAAAAAUCUCUCUCCGAUCACACUAAAAUCAUGCCUGUAUAAAAAAAGAUAACAUUUUAUUGUAUUAUUUGAGCAAUAUUAUAUUUUUUUACAUAUAAUAAAAUUUUAAGUUGUUCUUCAUAAAAA